UCCAGCAGUUCAUCAGGCUCUCAGGUCAGCUGCCCUUUGUCUCUUUUACCGUCCAUCUGUGAACUCUAAGAGCCAACAUGGAAGCCAUCAAGAAAAAGAUGCUUAUGCUGAAGUUGGACAAGGAAAAUGCUCUGGACCGGGCCGAACAAGCCGAGGCAGACAAGAAAGGAGCUGAAGAGAGAAGCAAACAGCAUGAAGACGAGCUGCUGCAAAUGCAGAAGAAGCUGAAGGGGACAGAGGACGAGCUGGACAAAUACUCUGAAGCCCUCAAAGACGCUCAGGAGAAGCUGGAGGUGGCGGACAAAAAGGCUGCUGACGCUGAGGCAGAAGUGGCGUCCCUAAACAGACGCAUCCAGCUGGUGGAGGAGGAGUUGGACCGAGCUCAGGAGAGACUGGCAACGGCUCUGCAGAAACUGGAAGAAGCUGAGAAAGCAGCUGAUGAGAGCGAGAGAGGGAUGAAGGUGAUCGAGAACAGGGCUUUGAAGGAUGAAGAGAAGAUGGAGCUGCAGGAGAUUCAGCUGAAAGAAGCCAAACACAUUGCAGAAGAGGCUGAUCGCAAAUAUGAAGAG